GAUCCAGGAGCAGCUAGUAGAGAUCGGAGCUCGCGCCAACAUCGCCGCCAGCAGUAGCACUCCGGUGUGGACGCGCCUCCCUGCCCGGCAACUGCAGGCUGCGCCCCGCUCGGGCGGCUCCCCCUGCAGAGCUCCGCUCCGCCCAGCCAACAGCAAGAGCCGCCGUCGCCGCCGGGAAGGCAGGGAGGGCGAGAGCUGCCGGCCGGCCGCCCUCAGCAAAGGGACCCGCCGUCAACCACUGCUGCCCUCCGCCUUCCUCCUCCUGCUGCUGCUGAGACUGAAAGCCCUCCUCUCCGAUCACCCCUCGCCGGAGCCAAGCACCAUGUCGACGGGAGGAGACUUUGGGAACCCGCUAAGGAAAUUCAAACUGGUCUUCCUGGGGGAGCAAAGCGUUGGGAAGACAUCCCUGAUCACAAGGUUCAUGUAUGACAGUUUUGACAACACAUACCAGGCUACAAUUGGAAUCGACUUCUUAUCUAAAACCAUGUACUUGGAAGACCGGACAGUACGGUUGCAGCUUUGGGACACAGCAGGCCAGGAGAGAUUCCGAAGCUUGAUCCCCAGUUACAUUCGAGACUCCACAGUAGCUGUGGUGGUCUAUGACAUCACAAAUCUCAACUCCUUCCAGCAGACAUCCAAAUGGAUUGAUGAUGUUAGAACAGAAAGAGGAAGUGAUGUCAUUAUUAUGUUAGUAGGCAACAAAACAGAUCUUGCAGAUAAGAGGCAGAUAACAAUUGAAGAAGGGGAACAGAGAGCUAAAGAGCUGAAUGUCAUGUUUAUUGAGACAAGUGCAAAAACAGGAUACAAUGUAAAACAGCUCUUCCGACGUGUUGCUUCAGCUUUGCCAGGAAUGGAGAGUGUUCAAGAGAAGAGCAAAGAAGGAAUGAUUGACAUAAAGUUGGACAAACCACAGGAACCACCAGCCAGUGAAGGAGGGUGUUCUUGUUAAUGCAAAGCGCAGGAUUCGUCAGCUCCAUUUGACACCACACGCUUGUUGUGUUGCUUCCUAUUGGUUAGCUUCCUAAUACUACGACUUGAGUUAUUAAAUGGGGAGAAUCUCUUUUCUCUCUCUGUCUCUCCAGGGAAGGGAGGGGAGGGGGUGGCAGGGAUCAGAAUACAUUAUUCAACAGCUGGUUCUAUUUUAUUUUGUUGGGUUUGGCUGUAAUAUAUUGUACUUUAUUAAAAAUGCCAAAACAAUUCAGAAUUUUAAAUAAGACACUUUAAUUGUGUGAAUACAGCUCUCGGCCAUGGGGACUUGUAUCUUUUUUGGGCACUUUUUUUAAUUGUAAAUUUGUAAACUUACAGAGACAACCCCAAGAUUAUACAGGCUGGCUAAUUUCAGUGUUUGGCAUAAAUAGUAGACACACCUUGUAGGAGACUAGUCCCAAAUUCACAGUCCAAUGACAGGCUAGCAAUGUGUGCUGCAGUCGCCAAUAUGCAAAAGGCCUCUGACUAUAUAGCCAUGUAGAGGUGGACGAGAAAGCUACAACUAGAGACACUUUGUUCAUGAUACAGGCAGUGCACCUCCAUAGCUCCCAAAUGGCUUCACAGGGCCUAUAGUGCAUGCACAUCUUGCUAUCAUGUUUCAUACUGCAUUUUAUUAUACUACGAGAGCAGUUUCUUUGUAGCACUGCUAGGGCAGGUACAUGUUUUAAGAUUGUCACUUGUCACAUAGUCUUAAAUCCAUUUGAAAAAAAAUCACACUAGCUAGCAGAAGCCACCACGCACAUACACUAGGGGUGUAUUUGUGAAACCAAUGGCAUUGCUGUCACUUUAAAUGUACAGUUGUCCCAUGGGGUUCUGAUCAUCUUUGUUCUCUGCCAGCACAUCACAGCCAAAUAUGGCUGCCAGUUUAACUUUAAAAUUGUGUUGAAGAAAGCACUCAAAAUUGUUGGGGGGGGGGGGCAUUACUCCAUUGUGUCCAGAUGGAUUAAUCUCUAAGCUUAUGGUUAGAAGCAGAUUCCUUCAAGGAAGCAACUCAAAAUGGUGGCCAAGAUUUAACCAGAACUGUCAGUUAGUCAUUUCAAUCAUAGUCCAUUGGGACCAGCUCACUUUUAGCCGAAUGUACUAUUCAUGGUGGUUGAUCAUUAUUAUGAGUGAUAAUAACUUUUGCAUGAGUGGACAAAGAGAGGAAGAAGGCCCUGUUGCUUAAGAAGAGAAGAAUGCUUUGGCAACAAAGAUGCGAUAGAUAAUGUAUUUAAUUUUUGUAUACGUGUGUGCAUGUUUUAUAUUGACAUAAAACAUACAUUACACACUCACACACAAUAUACAUGCUUGGUUUCUCCCACUGUUAUGACUUGAAUUGCAAACAAGAAACAGUUGUGGAAAAUUACAAUUGCUGCAGUGUGUGGGUCUAGAAGGUUUUUGUUAUUGUUGAGGAAAAGUGUGACUUGUCAUGUCUUCAAUAAAUUAAACUCAGAUUCAUGUGUAACUGGAAAAAA